AUGGCAAGGGAUGUUUUAAGGACAAAUUCUUUCACAGAUUUAAAACUCAGGCUUAUUUCUGAUAGAUCCGAAGAUGGCCGUGUUUACAACAAACCUACUGUCUCAGAAGUGGCUGCACUCAUUGUGGGAGACAUUGAUUCUGCUGAUAAAAGGGAUAUCUUAAUUCAGCGCCGCAACGGUGGUUUGCAACGAAUAGAUGAGUUUCACCCAGCAUAUUUGGCUUAUCAGUAUCCUCUUAUAUUUCCUUAUGGGGAAGAUGGUUACAGGAAAAAUAUAAUGCACAGAUAUCGCCAUGAAACUGAGGUCACUAGGAGAAACCGUCAAAGCAUUAAGGAUUGGUUUACUUACCGAUUACAACAACGUCGCAAAGAGGCAAAAACACUACUUUACUCAAGACGCCUAUUUCAACAAUUCUUAGUCGACGGCUAUGCUAUGAUGGAAUCCGAACGACUGAAUUGGUUGAGAGAAUAUCAAUCGAAAUUAAGAGUGGGCAAAUAUAAUAAUUUGGCCGCUCAAACUGAUGGCGAUACAAGAAAUGAACACCAAAAGCGAGGAAACGAGUUGUUCUGCCAUCAACAUUUGUUGGUAGCAAGAGAUAUAUGGAUCAACUAUAUUUUGACGGGAUUGCCACAUGCUCACAUCUUGAUAUUCCUACACCCUCAGAGCAAAUACCCAACACCAUCUGACAUAGACAAGAUCAUUUCUGCUGAAAUUCCCGACCCGACUGUUCAUCCCAAUUUAUACAAAUUGGUUAAGGCACAUAUGAUGCAUGGACCUAGGGAUAUCCGCUGUAUAGGAGAAGAUCAAAAACCUUCACUAUUGAAAAAAAAUGGCUAUGACAGAAUAACAGCAGCAGUUUCAACAAAUAGCAAUCAACCUGUUGAUGAAAUCCAACAAUAUCUCGACUGCAGGUAUGUCUCUCCCAGUGAAGCAUGCUGGCGCAUUUACUCUUACAAUAUUCAUGGCAGAAAACCAGCUGUGGAACGUAUGUUCUAUCAUUUGGUUGGGGAGAAACCUAUAUACUAUACAGAUUAUACACGCAUGGAAAAUGUGCUGGAAACUGCAAGUGUGACUGAAUCAAUGUUUACUGCAUGGCUAGUGGCAAAUGCUAAAUAUGAAGAGGCACAAACAUUAACUUAUGGUCAAUUUGUCUCAAAGUUUGUUUAUCACAAAAAACAGAGAGAAUGGAAACCGCGGAAAAAAGGCUUCACCAUUGGACGUCUCAUAUGGGUUCUGCCAACAACUGGUGAACUGUUUUACCUGCGCAUGAUGUUGACGGUGGCAAAAGGACCAACAACAUAUGAGGAAAUCAGGACCGUGGAUAACAUUCAGUAUGAUACAUUCAGAGAUGCAUACUUUGCAAUGGGAUUUCUUGAAGACGACAAAGAAUACAUAGCUGCUAUAAAGGAGGCAAGUCAUUGGGGGACUGGUCAUUUUCUUCGAAAACUGUUUGUUAUCAUGCUUUUGUCUGGUGCUGUUAAUCGCCCUGCACAUGUUUGGGAACAAACUUGGCUCCUAUUAUCUGAUGGUGUCUUACAUACACAAAGAGCAUUGGCUGCAAAUCCAGAAUUGGUCCUCACACAAGAAGAGUUACAAAAUUUGACUUUAAUAGAAAUUGAGAAAAUGCUUCAAGCAAAUAGAAGGACACUAAAGGAUUUUAGUCCUAUUCCAUAUCCGGAUGCUUAUGUUCUUGAACAGUUGGGAAACAGGCUCAUAUAUGAUGAGCGUAAUUAUGAUACAACAUCAAUGAACUCAGAAUUUGAAAAUCUGUUUGCUGCUCUUACAGAUAAGCAAAGAGGUAUUUAUGAAAAAAUCAUCCACGCUGUGGAGUCUCAGAAACCUACUGUUUUCUUCCUUCAUGGUUAUGGUGGUACCGGAAAAACAUAUAUGUGGAGAACACUCGCAGCUGCUUUAAGAUCAAAACACAAUAUAUGUUUAACUGUUGCAACUAGCGGUAUAGCAUCAUUGUUACUUCCAGGAGGUAGAACUGCACAUUCAAAGUUCAGGAUACCGGUACCAACUAUGGACAAUUCUACUUGCAAGGUUGAAUUCAACGAUGAUGUUGCAGACAUGUUACGACAGACAAAGCUUAUAAUAUGGGAUGAGGCACCAAUGGCGCAUAAGUAUGCAAUAGAAUCGCUUGACAGAACUUUGAAAGAUGUUAUGAGUGCAGACAAAAAUUCAACUGAUGUAUUCGGUGGAAAGGUUGUUGUUUUCGGGGGCGAUUUCAGACAGAUUUUACAUGUCGUCCCCAGAGGCAAUCGUUCCGAUAUUGUACACUGUGCCAUAAAUGCAUCUUACAUAUGGCAUUCAGUUGAGGUAUUAACAUUGACAAGAAACAUGCGGCUACGAACAGGAUCAACACAGACUGACAAAAAUGAGAUAACACAGUUUUCAGAUUGGCUUUUAAGAAUAGAAGAGGGCCGAAUAUCUGAGCCUAAUGACGGCACCGCCGAAAUCAACAUACCACCUGAUAUUCUGAUAACAGAAUUCGAUGAUCCAAUUGUGGCCAUUGUCAAUACCACAUACCCUGAUUUCAUAAAUAAUUUCCAAUGUGUUGAUUACCUUAAAAGUCGAGCGAUACUUGCCUCUACACUGGAGAUUGUUGAUCAGAUCAAUGACCAUAUACUUAACUUGAUUCAAGUCAACAAUGCAGGAGAGAUUCGUGACUACUACAGCGCAAAUUCAGUUGACAAGUCUGAGAUUCAUGACCCAGCAGUAGUUGAUAUCCUCACGCUAGAAUUUCUAAGUUCCCUCCAAACAUCAGGGUUGCCAAACCAUCACUUAAAACUAAAGGUUAGGACACCUAUAAUGCUCAUGAGAAAUAUAGAUCAAGCUGAAGGUUUGUGUAACGGCACAAGGCUGUGUAUAACAAGGAUGGCAGCCCAUGUACUCGAGGCUUCAAUAAUGGGUGGUAAAGGUUUGGGAAAUUUGGUUUACAUACCUCGAAUGGACAUGUCACCAUCCCAAUCACCAUGGCCAUUCAAACUGAAUAGGAGACAGUUCCCUAUUAUAGUUUCCUAUUCUAUGACAAUCAACAAAUCACAGGGACAGUCAUUGGAUAACGUUGGUUUGUACUUACCAAAAGAUGUAUUCACACAUGGCCAAAUUUAUGUCGCAUUGUCAAGAGUAACAACAAAAAAGGGAAUCAAAAUACUGAUACAUGAUGAAGAAAAGAAAUUCAGGGAGAAAACUACAAAUGUUGUGUAUAAAGAAGUUUUUAACAAUGCCUAA